AUGGCUGCGCUUCUCUUCCUCGGCUUGCUGAUGGCCCCGGGUGCAGGGAGCCACCCUCUGGAUACCCCCCACAGUCCGCACGAGCUGCCCCCAGGCCUCUCCAAAAACCUCAAUGCCACCUUCUUCGAUGGGAUGUUCAAAAACGUGGAGAGUGCGACCGAGAUUUUCGACUGCCUGGGCUCCCACUUCACCUGGCUGCAGGCCGUCUUCACCAACUUCCCGGCGCUGCUGCAGUUCGUGAGCGGCCUGCGCUGCGUGGCCGGCCUCUGCCCCCGGGACCUGGAGGACUACGGCUGCGCCUGCCGCUUCGAGAUGGAAGGGCUGCCCGUGGACGAGUCUGACCGCUGCUGCUUCCAGCACCGCAGGUGCCACGAGGAGGCUGCCGAGAUGGACUGUAUCCAAGACGCCACCAAGGUCAGCACAGAUGUCAACUGCGUCAUCAAGAAGGUCACGUGUGAGUCCAGGGACCCUUGUGAGCACCUGCUGUGCACCUGCGACAAGGCUGCCAUCGAGUGCCUGGCCCAGUCCACCAUCAACUCCUCCCUGAGCCUGCUGGACACCGCCUUCUGCCUGGCGCCACCAGCGGCGGAACCUGCGGAGCCCACAGACGCCAGCCUGGUGGCCCUCUCAGGGGAAGGAGCAGAACCGCUCCAAGACCAGGAGGGCACGGAAGCCGAGAGGACCACAACCCCUGCGGGGUCCGCAGAGAUUGCUGCCACAGCUGGAGGUGUGGCCGUGGUCCCCGGCGGCAUGACAUCUUUGGGGCUGGCCGGGCCAUCCGUCAGAAGCCGUCCUGAGGAGACGACUGGGAAAGCCUGUGCCAGGUCCGCCGGCCUGCCCCGGGGCGCGGGGGAGGACACCUGGGUAACGCUGCAGCUGGGACAGAUGCUCUUCUGCCUGACCGCCCGGUGCCCCGAGGAGUUCGACUCUUACGGCUGCUACUGUGGGCAAGAAGGACGCGGCGAACCCAGGGACGCGCUGGACAGGUGCUGCUGGUCCCACCGGUGCUGCCUGCAGCAGGUGCGGAGGCUGGGCUGCCGGCGCGGGAGGCUGCCUCGGCCGCCGGUGGUGUGUGCGGAUGGCGCCCCCAAGUGUGUGGGCCGGAGCCUGUGCGAGCAGCUGCUCUGUGCCUGUGAGCAGACGGCGGCCGAGUGCAUGGCGUCGGCCUUCUUCAACCAGAGCCUCGCGUCGCCAGGCAGCCCGGAGUGCCAGGGCCCCCCACACCCCUGCGAGGACGGCGGGCAAGGAGUGCUCUCUGCGCCCUCCCUGGGCUCCAGCUCCGAGGAGAACAGCGAGGAGGCGCUGCCCCCCGCCGCACACGGGAGAACCAGGAGGUUUCUGGGGAGGUCACCUGGUCCCGUGGGGGCCAGCCACACCCUGGCCCCAGACAGAGCCCCGGAGAAAUGA